AUGUUCGUAGCGGUCCUUUUCCUUCCCGUUGUAGCCGGGAACGUCUUUACGGAAAACAGCUCUAAGCGAGUUCCGGAAGUAACUGAAAGAAGCGGAUAUAGAAAAACCUACACGAUAUUUGACCCUUGCAAUACGCGCAAACCUGGCGGCCGAGCAGUCAGUUGUUCCCAGUUACUAAUGAAGGGAAACUACGAGAGCGGGCAAUAUGUUAUCAAUCCUGGCAAUGAAAACAUCACAGUGUAUUGUGACAUGAAGACCGAUGGCGGCGGAUGGACUGUGAUUCAACGUCGGAAAAAGCAGGAAACUCCCCAAGAGAACCUCUUCGACAAAUCCUAUGAAGAAUACGAGAAUGGAUUUGGAAACGUCAUGGGUUCCUUCUGGCUAGGAAACAAGCAUAUUCAUACACUCACGACCCACCCACAUAAACAACAAGCUCUCAGGAUCCAAAUGAACUCCACAACUGAACAGAAGAACACCACUGUGGACUAUGGUAUAUUUCAAGUCGGUUCCAAAGAGGAGGGCUACAAUAUACUCUUUUCCAAGCACAGAGGUGCUGCGGGGGUAGCCAUCUUAGUUCCUUUCUUUUUAGUCAGGAUGUACUUAUACAGCUACUCACUGUCUCUUUAA